GUGUUCAUGGGCCUCAUUAAGCUCUGCCUUCCUUCUGCUUUUUGGAGCCUGGCCUUUGGUUGGCCUUGAAUGAAGAGUGGGGCCCCCAAAGUACCACUGUCAGCACUCUCCAGCAUCAUCUGGCUGUCUGGCACCAUCAAAGAAUUGCAUUUCUGACCCAAGAAGAGCUUAUGGGUGGAUGGGGGUGGGAUGGAGGCUGGGGAGAGGAUUGAUGCCAGCCAGCUGCCUCACGGGGUGCUGGAAACACGUGGCCAUGCCAUUAGCAUCCUGUUUGGCUUCUGGACCAGUUUCAUCUGUGACACCUACAUAGUCCUCCCUUGGAUCAGCAAGAUAAAAGGCAGCCCUGAUGUUAGUGCCUCCUCUGAUGAGCCAUACGCGAGAAUCCAGCAGAGCAGAAGGCAAUGCCACGCAGAAGAGGACCAAAGUCAGGUGCCAGAAGCAGGCUGACCUGGAAAGGUGGAGGAAAAGAAGGCAGAAGGGAGAGAUGGAGCCCAAGAACCUGAGUAUUUUUCUCAGGCAAGACUCAGGACUGCUCUGGACAUUCAGAAGCUGAGUGUGCCAGUGUGCUGUGUAGUUCAAGGCCACCACCACUACAGUGGCCAGGGACACCUUAGUAGGAAUUCUAACCUGGCUCCCAGGGAGAGCUGCGUCCACAUUUGUCCUGUAGGCAAAUUCACUCUUUUCACCCUCUAAGCGAGUAAGUCCUUGUUCCCAAUUUCCAUGGUUUAGUCUUCAGUUUCAGUCUUUGGUUUCCUCUGGUCUAUCAGCUCCCAUCUCUCUCCCAGUCUUUCUUUUUCUUUAUUCUGUGACACCUGUUGAAUGAGGCACAUAGGGUUUGUAGUCACUAUAGUGUUCCUUGUGAUUGUGAGGUAAUAGGCUAAUAUUAUCACUUUCUCAGAAAGUCUUCAAAAUUAUCAUGAGGAGGUGAUGCAUUCAUCUGCUGGGAGGUGUCUGUGUGGUCAGAUAAGAUGAUGGCUACAUUCCAUUCCAAUCCUGUCAUUCAAUCAUUCUUCCUCCAGGGAGCCACUGAGGGACGUGAUAGUCCAAAGCACUCAGCUAAAACGGAAUUGCAAACAUGGUACCCACAACUUGGGUUUCUAAUCAUCCAUUUGUAUAUCGGCAUGUAGUCUGUCUCUGAUUUAGGGUUUAGGUUCCUCUGUAUUUUUUUUUCCUGCCCUUUGAGAGUUUAAUAAAAGUCAGAGGCAUCUUGUAA